AUGGUGUCCUCCGUUAUUAUUUCUACAGCAGUGGUAAUAGUUACCAGUAGCAUGAUGAUGAUGUUAUUCUCCCUUGCCAAAGCAAUAUCAUCACCAUCUUCAUCAACUGAUGAGGCAGAGGCUCUGCGCAGCACCGGUUGGUGGAAUUAUACCUCUGCUCAUUGCCACUGGGAUGGUGUAUAUUGCAAUAAUGCCGGAAGAGUGACUCGAAUCGCCCUUUACGGUUCAGGAAAAGAAUUGGGUGAGCUUAGCAAAUUCGAGUUUUCUUCAUUUCCCAGCCUGGUUGAGCUCAACCUUUCUGCCUGUGGACUCAAUGGUAGCAUCCCGCACCAAAUAGGUACUCUUACUCAACUCACUGUUCUUUCUCUCCAUGAUAACAAUCUUACAGGUGAGAUACCUCUGUCCUUGGCUAACCUCACUCAGUUGCUCUACCUCACCCUUUGUUCUAAUCCACUACAUGGUUCGAUUCCUCCUGAAAUUGGGAAAAUGAAGAAUCUGAUUUUUUUGGAUUUGGGUUAUAGCAACCUUAUUGGUGUCAUCCCUUCAUCUUUUGGUAAUCUUACCACUUUGACUACUCUCUAUCUUGAUGGUAAUCAAAUAAGUGGUUUUAUCCCUCCUCAAAUUGGGAAAAUGAAGAAUCUGAAGUCGCUUUUACUUUCUCAUAAUGGACUACAUGGUCCAAUUCCUCCCGAAAUUGGGAAAAUGAAGAAUCUGAAUAAGUUGAAUUUGGGUUAUAACAACCUUACUGGUGUCAUCCCUUCAUCUUUUGGUAAUCUUACCAAUAUGAAUUCUCUUUCUUUGCGAGGUAAUCAAAUCAGUGGUUUUAUUCCUCUUGAAAUUUGGUAUCUUUUGAAUUUAUCAUAUUUAGAUCUCAGUGAGAAUCAAAUCAGUGGUUUCAUCCCCGAAGAAAUAGUAAAUUUGAAGAAAUUGAGUCAUCUAGACAUGAGUAAUAACUUAAUAAGUGGAAAGAUACCUUCACAGUUGGGAAAUUUGAAAGAAGUAAAAUACUUCAAUCUCUCCCACAAUAACCUCUCUGGCACCAUUCCUUAUUCUAUUUCUAGUAACUACAACAGAUGGACAUUGAUUGAUUUAUCAAACAAUCAGUUGGAGGGUCAAACUAGAGCUCCGGUAGAGGCAUUUGGCCACAACAAAGGUCUAUGUGGUGAAAUCAAAGGUCGACCACGAUGCAAGAAAAGGCACCAAAUCACACUCAUCAUUGUUGUUUCUUUAUCUACAACCUUGUUGCUUUCAAUUGCAAUCCUUGGUUUUCUCUUCCAUAAACGAAGGAUCAGAAAAAAUCAAUUACUCGAGACAACAAAGGUGAAAAAUGGAGAUCUAUUUUCCAUAUGGGACUAUGAUGGUGUGAUUGCUUAUCAAGACAUCAUCCAAGCAACCGAAGAUUUUGACAUCAAAUACUGCAUAGGCACGGGAGGCUAUGGGAGCGUUUACAGAGCACAACUACCUUCCGGGAAGGUGGUUGCCUUGAAAAAACUUCAUGGAUGGGAAAGAGAGGAUUCGACUUACUUGAAAAGCUUUGAAAAUGAAGUUCAAAUGCUAACAAGAAUACGACAUCGUAAUAUUGUGAAACUUCAUGGCUUUUGUCUACAUAAGAGAUGCAUGUUUCUAGUUUACAAAUAUAUGGAGAAAGGAAGCUUGUAUUGUAUGCUAAGGGAUGAAGUUGAGGCUGUGGAAUUGGAUUGGAUUAAGAGGGUGAAUGUUGUUAAAAGCAUUGCUAAUGCUUUAUCCUACAUGCAUCAUGACUGUGACUUGCCCAUCAUUCACCGAGACAUAUCAAGUAAUAACAUUCUUUUGGACUCUAAGCUUGAAGCUUUUGUGUCGGAUUUUGGCACUGCAAGAUUGUUAGAUAAUGAUUCAUCCAAUCGAACCCUUCUUGUAGGCACUUACGGUUAUAUUGCACCAGAGCUUGCUUAUACUAUGGUUGUGACUGAAAAAUGUGACAUUUAUAGCUUUGGGAUGGUUGCAUUGGAGACGAUGAUGGGAAUGCAUCCAGGAGAAUUUGUCACCUCAUUAUCAUCUUCAUCAACUCAAAACACAACGUUAAAGGAUGUAUUAGAUUCACGUCUUUCAUCUCCUAAAAGUACACGAGUUGCUAAUAACAUAGCUCUUAUAGUGUCAUUGGCGCUCAAAUGUCUCCAUUCUAAUCCACAAUUUCGUCCAUCCAUGCAAGAAGUGUCUUCGAAACUUGUUUCUACAAGGUCAUUCCCACAACCCAUCAGUGCAAUAUCACUUUUGCAGCUAAAAGAUGAAGUUAUUUAA